UUAUAAUUUGACAUCUCCCAAUCUGAAAGAACCCUAACCCUCGGAUGAAUUGCGAAUCAAGAAUUUAAUCUUUAUCGAAUUCCGAUCGAUCAAUUCCCGAAUUAGAAGCGCUGAAUCCCCGCUUCGCGCUAUCCCCAUGGACCCCCCGCUGUCACCGCCGUUCAUGGCGAGCGCCACCUUCUCGCCGCCCCCAUCGUCCUCCGGUGACGGAGACGGGAGCAUUGAGGACGCGUGGUACGGCAACAUCCAGUACCUCAUCAACAUCUCCGCCAUCGGAGCCCUCACCUGCCUGCUGAUCUUCGUCUUCGUCAAGCUGCGGAGCGACCACCGCCGCGUGCCGGGCCCCACGGCCAUCGCCUCCAAGCUUCUCGCCGUCUGGCACGCCACCAGCCGCGAGAUUUCGCACCAUUGCGGCGCCGAUGCCGCCCAGUUUCUCCUUAUCGAGGGCGGAAGCUCCGCUAUUCUCCUCUUCCUUGCUGGCCUGGCCCUAGUCGUCAUGCUUCCCGUCAAUAUAUACGCCGGCGAUGCACCAAUUUCGGAUGAAUUCUCCAAGACUACCAUCAACCAUAUUGCUAAAGGUUCGCCUUUGCUUUGGGUGCACUUCGUUUUUGUUAUUUUGGUUGUUUUCUUGGUGUAUUAUGGCACAAACCAGAUUGAGAGGAGAUUGAGAAUAACUAGGUUUCGGGAUGGGAACGGGAAUCCGGGUGAUCCGAGUGCGAAUUCGAGCGCCAUAUUCACCAUUAUGGUUCACGGCGUUCCCAAAAGUUUAGGGUUUGAUGAGACUCCCCUGGUUGAGUAUUUUCAGCAUAGGUAUCCGGGGAAGAUUUACAGAGUGGUUGUGCCGAUGGAUUUGUGUGCGUUGGAUGAUUUAGUUACCGAGUUGGUGAAGGUGAGGGAGGAUAUCACAAAGUUGGUGACAAAAAUUGAAUCGAGGGGGUUGGCAGAUGAGGGCGACGAUGGUGAGGAUGCACAAGAAGCGAGGGGAUUCUGGGCUAGGUUGAGGUUUCUUUGGAGGAGAUUGAAGGAUUUGUGGUACAGGGCUGCUCAUGAGUUGGGGUUUUCAGAGGAGGAGAGGCUGAGGAAGUUGCAAGAGUUGAGAGCUGAUCUUGAGAUGGAGAUGGCAGCUUAUAAAGAGGGACGGGCAAGGGGUGCUGGAGUUGCUUUUGUGGUGUUUAAGGAUGUUUACACAGCAAAUAAGGCUGUUCAGGAUUUUCGAAAUGAGAAGAGAAGGCGGGUUGGGAGGUUCUUCUCUUUGAUGGAGUUGCAACUACAGAGAAACCAAUGGAAAGUAGAGAGGGCUCCGUUAGCCAGUGACAUAUAUUGGAAUCAUUUAGGAUCGUCAAAGCUCUCGUUGAAAUUAAGAAGAGUUCUUGUCAAUACUUGCCUUCUGUUGAUGCUCUUGUUCUUCAGCUCUCCUCUUGCAGUGAUCAGUGCCAUCAAGAGUGCGGCUAGGAUUAUCAAUGCCGAGGCAAUAGAUAAUGCUCAGAUGUGGUUGACUUGGUUGCAAAGCUCUAGCUGGAUAGCUACCAUAAUAUUCCAGUUUCUGCCUAAUGUGAUUGUUUUCAUAAGCAUGUACAUUGUGAUACCAUCAGUGCUUUCGUAUCUCUCCAAGUUUGAGAGGCAUCUUACAGCGUCCAGGGAGCAACGAGCUGCAUUGUUGAAGAUGGUUUGCUUUUUUCUGGUCAAUCUCAUUCUCUUGAGGGCUCUGGUUGAGUCAUCACUCGAAGGCGCAAUUCUAAAAAUGAGCAGGUGUUAUUUGGAUGGGGAAGAUUGCAAGCGAAUUGAACAAUAUCUAAGUGCUUCAUUCUUGUCAAGGUCGUGCCUUUCCUCUCUAGCCUUCCUCAUCACAAGCACUUUCUUGGGAAUAUCUUAUGACCUACUGGCUCCAAUACCUUGGAUCAAAAACAAGCUGCGAAGGUUCCGGAAGAACGACAUGCUGCAGCUGGUGCCCGAACGAAGUGAGGAUUAUCCCUUGCAGCAUCACGACAUUGAUACCCUGCAGAGACCUCUCAUAUCCGAGAGGAUUUCUGAGGUCAUGGUUGGCAAUAACGUGUUCUCGAAUGGGUCCUCACCAACCUCUCCGAAUGCAGUAGAUUUUCCCGGGCACGAUAUGUCCGUGUAUCCCCCGGUCAGCAGCCGAACAUCUCCGGUGCCUAAACAGAGUUUUGAUUUUGCACAAUACUAUGCAUUCAACCUCACCAUAUUUGCCCUGACCCUGAUAUACUCUUCAUUCUCUCCUCUGGUGGUUCCGGUUGGGGCGAUCUACUUUGGGUAUAGAUACGUGGUCGAUAAAUACAACUUCUUGUUUGUGUAUAGAGUUCGAGGUUUUCCUGCUGGCAACGAUGGGAGGUUGAUGGAUACAGUGCUUUGCAUCAUGAGGUUUUGCGUGGACUUGUUCCUUAUUUCGAUGCUUUUGUUCUUCACAAUUCAUGGCGACUCUACGAAGCUGCAAGCGAUAUUCACUCUUGGGUUGUUUGUGAUGUAUAAGCUUUUACCUUCGAAUCCGGAUGGGUUCGAGCCUGCUUCAUUGCAUGGCUUACAGAGUGUGGAAAAUGUAAGUAGUGGAUCCCUUGAUUAUGAGGCUUUUUCACGGCCUACAUUUGAAUGGGAUACUUACAAUUCAUGACCUUGUAUUUUACUCAUUCUUUUCGUUGCCCCAUCUCUAUAUAUUAUUCUAGUUUGCCAAA